AUGCCUGCCUUGUGUAGAGAUGUAAUGAUCCCUAUUCAUUGGUUCUCUGACCAAAUAAAUCUCUAUUAUCUAUGGAAUUGUGUUCAUGUUCACAUGAAGUUCUGCGAUGGUUUUGCUAAAGGAAGCAUAUACUUGGGAGAACUUGAAGUCGUGAAUAUCACUAAAUUUCAGAGCAUCUGGAGUUGCUAUGUGUCAAAAAACAAGAGAGAAGGAGCCACUUUUUACAAGCCUUUAACGAUUCCUGAUGGAUUUUUCUCCCUCGGUGAUUAUGGCCAACAGAUUGGGCAACCUUUUCAAGGUUUUCUUCUUGCAGCAAGACCAGCAGCUAAUUCGAAAGAUGCAGAACUUCCACCCCUGCAAAAGCCCAUAGACUAUAAGCUUAUUUGGUGCUCGGCAAACUGGCAGGAUGAUAGCCAUGAUGGAUCUGUCUGCUUUUGGCUUCCAUGCCCUCCAGAAGGCUAUAGAGCCGUUGGUUAUCUAGUCACUGUUGAUUCCAACAAGCCCUCUGUCGAUGAAGUAAGAUGUGUCAGAGCUGAUCUCACUGAUACAUGUGAGAAUCAUGAACCCAUUCUUUCUAUUGAGUCAAAUAGUUUAGAUAUUCCCUUCACUGUUUGGAAGUCCAGGCCUUCCUUUCGAGGGAUGUGGUGCAAAGGUGUCCCGGUUGGUACAUUUUGCUGCAGCACUAACAGCAAUUUCAAUGAUGAAAUAGAAAUCUCUUGCUUGAAAAAUUUUGAUCCGGCAUUGCUUGCUAUGCCGAAUCUAGAUCAAGUUCAUGCUCUUAUCAAGCAUUAUGGACCGACGGUUUUCUUUCAUCCAAAAGAAACUUACAUGCCCUCAUCAGUAUCUUGGUUUUUUACAAAUGGAGCUACUUUGUACACAAGAGGUGAAGAAGAAGGACAGGCCAUUGAUGCCAAAGGUUCAAAUCUUCCAGGUGAAGGUGACAAUGAUGGAGAGUACUGGAUUGAUUUGCCUGAUGAUCAUGUCAAAUAUGGGAAUAUAGAUAGCGCAGAACUUUACAUCCAUGUGAAGCCAGCUCUUGGGGGAACCUUCACAGACAUUGCAAUGUGGGUGUUCUGUCCAUUCAAUGGUCCUGCUACCCUCAAGGUUGGGUUGCUAAACAUCUCUCUAAAACAUAUUGGGCAACAUGUGGGAGAUUGGGAGCAUUUCACUCUUCGAAUAAGCAAUUUCACAGGCGAGCUCUGUAGUAUAUAUUUCUCUGAGCACAGUGGGGGUGAAUGGGUGGAUAUAUCUGGUUUGGAGUUUGUUGAAGGCAACAGGGCGAUCAUUUAUUCUUCAAAGAACGGGCAUGCCAGCUUCCCUCACCCUGGAACUUAUCUCCAAGGGUCUGAAAAGCUGGGAAUCGGGGUUAGAAACGAUGCUGCUUGGAGCAAAUUCUAUGUGGAUUCUAGUGUUCAUUAUAAGAUAAUUGCAGCAGAGUAUCUGGGGGAUGUUAUAUCUGAGCCUUGCUGGUUGCAGUACAUGAGAGAAUGGGGACCAACUGUAGAGUACAAUUCGAGGUCAGAACUAGAUAAGAUUCUUAGUUUUUUACCUGUUAAUCUUAGGUAUUCAGUGGAAAAUGUCGUGGAUAAGCUUCCAGUGGAAUUAUUCAGGGAGGAAGGUCCUACAGGACCCAAGAAAAAGGAUAACUGGGCAUUAGCUCUUUGCGAGCUGAAGUAUAUUUCAAUUUGUCCACUUCGACAAACUGUUGCGGGAUAUCAACAGGGAUACGGGAUGAGUCGUCGGCUGCAGGUUUAUGAGGAGGCUUUGAGUGUUUUACCGUCUGUCAAGAUGUUUUCCCUCUUUGUGAAGUUCUGGAUUGAUGUUGCAUGUCCUGAGAGUUUGGUGCACAAUGUUGGGCUUGAAGUUUCGGAGUUCAGUUUGUUUCUGAAGAGAGCAUAUGAAAAAGCUGAAUCAACUGGUUGUCUUAUUGAGGAUCUUGCUUACUAG